CGCAGCUGGGCGGCGCGGUCCCGAGAUGCUGGGGCUGACGCAUCUUUGGAGGUGGCCGCGAUUUGGGACUCAUUCAUUUCUGCGCCCCGUUCGGCCGCAGUCUUUUGUGGAAGCCGAGCCACUGUGUUGCGAGUCCUCGCCUAGAGACGUACGGGAUGCAGAGCCAGAGGUCGAGGCGGCACGAAGGGAAGCCGCGGGGUCCGAGUCGGCCCCAUCUCUCCCUUUCCGCGGCCGGGACGUUGGCUUCGGAGGUCUUUCGUCGCCGGAAAGCCUCAGACUGCGGCCGUCGCGGGAGGUGUCAAUCCCUCGGGAUCGUGGGGACUCCAGCGGAGAGCAGAACCAGCCCGGUUCCUUACACUGGGACUCCGGCUUUCCCUCGCUGCCCGCCCUGGCUCGGGCCACGUGCGAGGCUGAAGAGCCUUAUGUCCCCCCUUCCUGCCCAUCUCCAAGAGAGGGACCUUUUCGAACUGGGGAGCUGAUUUUAGCUGAGACUGGGAAGAGAGAAACUCAUUUUAAAAAGUUAUUUAGGUUGAGCAACGUCGGACACUUAAAUAGUUCGUGGGGGUCAGUCCCGUUCACCAAGAUCGUGGGGAAGUUCCCUGGCCAGAUACUGACAAGUUCUCUUGGUAAGCGUUUUAUGCUGCGGAGGCCAGCAUUGGAUGACUACGUAUUAUUGAUGAAAAGAGGGCCUGCCAUAACGUACCCAAAGGAUGUGAAUACGGUACUGAUGAUGAUGGAUGUGAACCCAGGCGAUACUGUUCUAGAAGCUGGCUCUGGCUCUGGUGGAAUGAGUUUAUUUUUAUCCAAAGCAGUUGGAUCCCAAGGACGAGUCCUAAGUUUUGAAAUACGAAAAGACCAUCAUGAUGUGGCUAAGAAGAAUUACAAACACUGGCGUGAUUCAUGGAAAUUAAGUCACGCAGAGGAAUGGCCAGACAAUGUGAACUUCAUUCACAAGGAUGUUUCAGGAGCAGAUGGAGACAUAAAAUCCUUAACAUUUGAUGCAGUGGCUUUGGACAUGCUAAAUCCUCAUGUGGCAUUGCCUGCUUUAUACCCACAUCUUAAACAAGGUGGUGUAUGUGUUGUAUAUCUAGCAAACAUCACACAGGUUAUUGAACUUUUAGAUGGAAUUCGCAUCUGUGAACUUGCACUCUCAUGUGAAAAGAUAAGCGAAGUCAUUAUCAGAGACUGGUUGGUUUGCCGUGCAAAAGACAAAAAUGGAAUUUUACCUAAAAAAGUAGAACCUAAAAUCAACACAGAUUUACAAUUACAUUCUGAAAAGGAAAUUGAAGAUGAAAUUGAGGUGUUUCAAGAGGAUAAUGAUGUAGAAGAAUCACAGUCUGAUUUGCCAUAUGGAUCCUUUCCCUAUAUUGCAAGACCUGUCCACUGGCAAAGUGGUCAUACAGCUUUCCUUGUCAAGUUGAGGAAAGUCAAACCACAGUGUAACUGAAUAUCUCAGAUGACAGCAAUGGAUUUGAGGAUGAAAAGCAUCAAGCUAU